AUGCUUUGCAAUGGCAACUCGUCCGAGUACUGCGGCGGUCCCAACCGUUUGAACGUCUAUGACUUCCAACACAAGUUCCUGCCUCUGCCCACCUCCACCUCCACCCCGGCCCCCACGCUCGCUUCGACCUCUAGCAGCGCGGCUGCUGUCUCUUCCAGUGCUGCUGCUGUCUCUUCCAGUGCUGCUGCCGUCUCUUCCAGUGCUGCUGCUGUCUCUUCCAGUGCUGCUGCUGUCUCUUCCAGCGCUGCUGCCGUCUCUCCAAGCAGUUCCGUCGUUGCCAGCAGCUCCGUCGUGAGCUCGUCGUCUGCGGCCCCUACACCUACUGUCCUCAGCCAGCCAGCGACUGUUGGCGUGUGGAAGUGGUACGGAUGCCAGACCGAAGCUACCAACGCCCGUGCUCUCAACGCGAAGACCUUUGCAUCCGAUGACAUGACGCUGGAGAAGUGUGCGGAUUUCUGCACUGGCAACACCUAUUUCGGUGUUGAAUACUCUCGCGAGUGUUGGUGCGGAAACUCGUUCACUGCCGGCUCUGUCCCUGCCCCCGCCAGCCAGUGCGGCAUGAAGUGCAUGGGCAACCAAUUGCAGUACUGCGGAGAUGGCAACCGCCUGUCCGUCUACACCAUUGGGGAUUCCACCCAGCCUUCCUCAUCUUCCGUCACUGGAUCUGCGACUGGUGCCGCUACCACGUCUGCAGCCCCCGUCGCGACCGGCUUGCCUACUGGCUGGACGAACCAAGGCUGCUGGGUUGACAACCUGAACGGCCGCAUUCUUCCCAACCAACUUCCAGACGACCCUGCCAUGACGCUUGCUUCCUGCGCCCAGGCAUGCUCUGCCGCAGGUUAUACGGUUGCCGGUGCCGAGUAUCACACCCAGUGUUUCUGUGGCAAUGCCAUCUACUACGGCGGUGCUCUUGCUACGGACGCUACGACCUGCAACACUCCUUGUGGAGGCAAGCCGGCCGAGAUGUGUGGUGGUCCCAACCGCAUGAUCAUCAUGUCCAAGGGUACCCCCCAGACCUAUCAGCCUCCCGUGCCCCAAAAGAGUGGUUUCAAUGGCAGUUGGACCUACCAAGGCUGCCUCUCAUAUGAGGGCACAACGCGACCUCUCAAAUGGCAGGUCCUCUUCCCGGGCGUCAACACCGCCAACACGUGCCUGGACAGGUGCUCCUCGUUUGGUUACUCCGCCGCUGGUCUGGAAUAUGGCGAGGAGUGCUACUGCGGUGAUCCAGCCAACAUCGCCAUGGCCACCCCGAAAGUCAACUUCGUCGAUGAAACACAGUGCAACAUUGUCUGCCCCGGAAACCAAAGCUCCAUCUGCGGUGGUGGCGCUCGUAUCUCCACGUACUUUUGGACUGGCACCAAGCCCCUCUACUCGUGGGAUUUCGGUACGGACGCAACUACAGCUGGAUCCUACGAGCUUCUCAUCGGCGGUGUUUGCAUCCCCCUGAUGACCAUGGAGUCCAUUACUGGCAAGGUGUCCUUCCUCGAGAAGUUCGGCACUGGACCGCCCAACUCUACUGGUGCCUACGAGCUGGAUCUGUCCCUCGUCCCGGAUAUCAACCAGGCUUGGAGACCGAUGCACGUCAAGACUGACGUCUUCUGCUCUGCUGGCAUCACUCUUCCCGACAAGGCGGGACGUCAGCUCAACCUUGGUGGCUGGUCCGGUGAUUCCACCUAUGGCGUCCGUCUAUACUGGCCUGAUGGCAAGCCCGGUACCCCCGGCACCAAUGAUUGGCAAGAGGAUGUCGAGAACCUCCGAAUGCAGGAUGGCCGUUGGUACCCCUCUGCCAUGAUCAUGGCCAACGGCUCCAUCUUCGUCAUUGGAGGUGAGGAGGGUUCUAACGGUCGGGCUGUGCCUACCAUCGAGGUUUUGCCUUUCACCGGUUCGGCGCCUCUCACCAUGGACUGGCUCGCUCGCACCGAUCCCAACAACCUGUACCCCUUCGUUGCCGUGCUUCCCAGUGAGGACAUUUUCGUCGCUUACUGGAAUGAGGCCAGAAUCCUGGACAAGACCACGUUCAACACCAAGACGGUGCUUCCCAAUAUCCCUGGUUCCGUCAACAACCCCUUGGCUGGCCGUACCUACCCGCUUGAGGGCACUGGCGUUCUUCUUCCCCAGCAUGCCCCUUACACCGAUCCUCUUGGUGUUCUUAUCUGUGGUGGUUCUACCGAGGGCCCUGGCUUCGCCUUGGACAACUGCGUUUCGAUCGAGCCCGAGGGUUCCAACCCCAAGUGGGUGCUCGAGCGUAUGCCUUCAGCCCGUGUCAUCUCCUGCAUGGCUGCUCUUCCUGAUGGCACAUACCUGAUCAACAACGGUGCUCAGCAAGGUGUUGCCGGUUUCGGUCUCGCCACGAACCCCAACCUCAACGCCCUCUUGUACGACCCUAAGAAGCCCAUUGGUCAGCGUAUCACGGUCAUGGCCAACACCACCAUCGCCCGUCUCUACCACUCCGAGUCCAUCACCCUUCUCGACGGCCGUGUCCUCGUCACUGGAUCCGACCCUGAAGAUGGAGUCCACCCGCAGGAGUACCGCGUCGAGGUCUUCAACCCUCCCUAUCUGACCGGCAAGAAGACGCGCCCUACCUUCACCCUUACCCAGACUGACUGGGCGUACGGCGGUACAUACUCCUUCCAGCUUGGUCAUGCACCCGUGAACGGCAAGAUCGAGGUCUCUCUCCUCGGUGCUGUGACCUCGACCCACGGUAACUCGAUGGGAGCCCGCACUAUCUUCCCGGCUGUGAGCUGCGGUGCUACUUCAUGCACUGUCACCGCGCCACCUAGAGCUGGUGUUGCCCCUCCGGGUUGGUACCAGUUCUUCGUCCUCGAUGGUGGGAUCCCCGCCGUCGGUGUCUACGUACGCAUCGGUGGUGACCCCGCCCGCCUGGGCGACUGGCCCAAGGUCACGGGGUUCAAGACUCCUGGUGUCUAG